AUGCGCGGCGAACACUGCAUCGCGGGCGCCUCGGUGCUGACCUUGAUCUCGGUCAUCCUCCUCGUCUUCGCGAACAUCGGGCAGAUCUCGCCGGGAGCUGUCACAAGCGGCCUGUACAUGGUGCAAGUGGAUGUGUCGGGUUUCGGUAACGCGGUGCAGAGCGCCAACAAGAAGAGCAACAACCUCUACUGGACGCAGAACACACCCCUCGGUCAGAGCAAGGGCCUGCGCCAGUACUACCGCUACGGGCUGUACAACGCUUGUGGAUACCAGAAGUCGGGGGGCGUAUGCAAUGCCACCACCAUCGGGUACCCGUUCGCGCCGUUCGAGCAGAUGCUCGCGGAUACGCCGAGCCAGCCAAUCGAUUACAAGAAGAUUACGCAGGACAUUAUUCCCUCGAGCACGUUCAAAAAUAAUGGCUGGAACGGGAGCCUGUCGCGCUCAGCGUCCAGCCUCAUCUUUGUCGCGUCUAUCCUGACACUCCUCGCGUUCGUCUUUGGCCUGAUCAAGCUCCGUUUCUGCUUCCUCAUUGCAGCCGGGUGCGCCGGCCUUGGCGCGUUCUUCCUCAUGAUCGGCGCUGCGAUCUGGACAUCCAUCAUCGCCAAGAACGCAUGGCUGUCCAUCGUCAAGGUCCAAGGUGGCGUCAAGCUCGGUAUUGUCGUGACCCCCGGUCCAGCGCUGUACCUCACCUGGGUGAGCUUUGUGCUCGUCACGAUCAGCGUUGCGCCGUACGUCAUCUCGUGCUGCACGUAUCGCAAACCGGCACGCGUCGCGCCGUACUGA